AUGGCCGCAAGCAUGGCCGCAGCGCCUUGUCCGUACAGCGGCCUUCCGAACGCGUCUCGGAUCCUCGUUGCCGAUGCGUACUGCGGUGCCGGGCAGGCCAUGUGUCUCGUGAGCCCGGCGUGCGCGCUCGUCACCAGCUCGGGCCUCGACGACCGCCAGCGCACGGCCGCUGGCAUCGACGCGGUCGGCAACAUGACGCUGUACCCGUUCGAUGCGCUGUACAUUCUCAACACCUCGUCGCCGCUCAACACGACGUACAUGCGCCUGCCCGACGCGCUGACCACGCUAUGGCUAAGCAGCGCAGGCCUCCAGACGAUCCCAGCGCCGCUGCCGUCCGAGCUGCUCACGCUGCAAGUGCCCUCGCUCUACAUUCGCGGGCUGAUGCGGCAAACGUAG